AUGGCUGGUGCACGGAGUGUGCCCCUUGCGCUUUCCUUCCUCAGACUUAGACAAAGAGCAAGAAUGGCAGAGAGACCUAUGUGGGAGCAAGUUGGAACAAGUUUUGUGCAUCUCUAUUACCAGCGUUUUGAUUCCAGUAGAGUAGAGCUAAGUGCUCUCUAUACAGAUGCUUCUUGCUUGUCCUGGGAAGGACAGCAAUUCCAAGGAAAAACAGCCAUCAUGGAAAAGUUGAUGAGCCUUCCAUUCCAAAAAAUCCAACACAGCAUAACAUCUCAAGAUCACCAACCAGCGCCUGAUAACUGUAUACUUAGUAUGGUGGUUGGUCAGCUGAAGGUGGAUAAUGACCCAGUGAUGGGGUUCCACCAGCUGUUUGUUCUCAAGAAUAUUAGUGACAAUUGGGUUUGCACCAAUGACAUAUUUAGACUGGCCCUGUACAACUUUGCUUGA